UAAUCUCGCUCGCUCAAGUGCUGUCGCAAUCGCCCGCCGCCGACAAACGCCGCAACAGCGAGAACGUGCGUCGCCCCACAAACCAUUUAAAAUCAUUUUUAAUCACAUUUUAUUUUGAAAAAUUUCAGGGGGUGCUUUUCCUGACGUACGUCCUUGCUGCCCUUGGUGGAUGAUUCAUUUUAUUUCUGGAAGGCGGAUUGUGAAAUUCUCUGUGCAAACACAUAUCUUGGUGGAAAAACAAAUUUGUCGUGCAGUCUCAAGUGGUGCGCGCUGUCGCAUCUUGAGCCGAGGUCGUGGUGCAGUGUGCGAUACGGCGCGGCCGCUCUCGUGCCCACUCAGAUUUUCCUAUUGUUGUCACACCAACGCGCAGGCAGGAAACUCCAGUUAUGAAGGUUCUGCUCGCCUCUUUGGCCACCGUCUUGGCACUGGUGGCCGUCGUCAUCGCCCAAACACCCGAGGUGACCAAACCCCUAUGUUCAAGCCCGGAGCUAAAUGUAACAUACAACUUUAAAGAGAAAUGGAAUACGAUGGAGAGAAAAUGCGUGAGGCAGGUGAAGGCGCAAGUCCAUCGCGAACUUAAGGCGGCGAUGCAGUACCUGGCGAUGGGCGCCCACUUCUCCAAGGACACGGUCAACAGACCAGGAUUUGCGAAGUUGUUCUUUGAGGCGGCCAGCGAGGAGCGCGAACACGCCAUCAAGCUGCUCUCCUACCUGUCUAUGAGAGGCGAUUUGAUUCUGGAUAAAGAUAAGGACAUCGUUGGAAAACUUACCGUGGAAAAAGAAGCUUGGGCAAGUGGCACAAGCGCUCUGAGAGACGCACUUGAAGUUGAAGCCAAGGUCACUGCCAACAUCAGGGACCUCAUCGUCUUUUGCGAAGGUGCAGGAAGAGAUGAGAUCAAGAACGACUACCACCUCGUUGACUACCUGACCGCCGAUUUUCUCACGGAGCAGUACCGAGGCCAACGCGACCUGGCCGGAAAACUGUACACCCUGGGAAAGAUGCAGAAAAACCACGGCCACGCAAGCUUGGCUGAGUUCUUGUUCGACAAGAAGCUGCUCAAUGGAGAAGCAGUUUGAGUCUCUCCUUCGAAUCAGUUCUAUUCUUUUGUAUGAUAAUUUUUAUAUCAAUGAAAUUUAUCCAAGUCAGUAAAAAGUUUUAAUAAUAAAACAAAUUUAUUACAA